UAGGUUUUUGAAGCUGAUCUAGGCUGCAUUCGCUGCAAUUUUCGUCGGUAUUCUAGUUUUCCACACCCAAGCUGAUGUCAUGGUUGUUUUUAUUUAUCUAUUGACGGCUGUCGCAGUGCUAGUGGGGUAUCUGGCAUUGAAAUGGCGUCGUUCCCUGCAGUACUGGCAAAAUCUGGGUAUUCCCUGCGAGGAGCCCCACAUCCUGAUGGGAAGUCUGGCGGGAGUGCAAACUAGUCGAUGCUUCUGCGAUGUCUGGAUGGAUUAUUAUGCCAAGUUUCGUGGAACUGGUCCCUUUGCGGGUUUCUAUUGGUUCCAACGACCUGGAGUCCUUGUGCUGGACACUUCCCUGGCAAAACUUAUACUGAUUAAAGAAUUUAAUAAGUUCACCGAUCGUGGAUUCUAUCACAACACCGAGGACGAUCCUCUGUCGGGACAACUGUUUUUGCUGGAUGGUCACAAGUGGAAGUCCAUGAGGAACAAACUAUCAUCUACAUUUACAUCGGGAAAAAUGAAGUACAUGUUUCCCACCGUGGUCAAGGUGGGCCACGAGUUCAUCGAAGUGUUUGGCCAGACGAUGGAAAAGUCCCCAAUUGUGGAGGUCAAGGAUAUCCUUGCCCGAUUCACCACUGACGUGAUCGGCACCUGUGCCUUUGGCAUUGAGUGCAGUAGUCUCAAGGAUCCCGAGGCGGAAUUCCGGGUGAUGGGCCGUCGAGCUGUUUUCGAGCAGCGACAUGGACCUAUUGGAAUCGCCUUUAUCAAUAGCUUCCAGAACUUGGCCCGCAGGCUCCAUAUGAAAAUGACCCUUGAGGAAGCAGAACAAUUUUUCCUGCGGAUUGUCAGGGAGACUGUGGCUUUCAGAGAACAGAAUAAUAUCCGUCGGAAUGAUUUCAUGGAUCAGUUAAUCGAUUUGAAAAACAGUCCACUGACAAAGUCCGAAAGUGGGGAGAGUGUUAAUCUAACGAUCGAGGAAAUGGCAGCUCAAGCGUUUGUGUUUUUCGGGGCUGGCUUUGAGACCUCGUCGACUACCAUGGGAUUUGCCUUGUACGAACUGGCCCAACAUCAGGACAUUCAGGACCGUGUGAGAAAAGAGUGCCAAGAGGUGAUUGCCAAUUGCAACGGAGAGGUAACUUACGAAUGUAUGAAGGAUCUGGUCUAUUUAGACCAAGUAAUUUCGGAAACACUUCGCCUGUACACAGUUCUUCCCGUCUUGAAUCGCGAAUGCCUGGAGGACUUUGUGGUCCCCGAUAAUCCCAAAUACGUCAUCAAAAAAGGAAUGCCCGUCCUGAUUCCUGCCGGAGCCAUGCACCGCGAUGAGAAGUUAUAUCCCAACCCAAAUACCUUUGAUCCCGACAAUUUCUCAGCCGAUCGCGUCAAGGAACGUGAUUCCGUGGAGUGGCUUCCUUUUGGAGAAGGUCCCAGAAACUGCAUUGGAAUGCGCUUUGGCCAAAUGCAAGCCCGAAUUGGAUUGGCUUUCCUCAUCAAAGACUUCAAGUUUUCCGUAUGCGACCAGACCACAAUUCCCAUGGUAUACAACAAAAAAACUUUCCUAAUAACAAGCGAUACCGGUAUAUUCCUAAAAGUGGAACGCGUUUAAUAGUUCCCUUAUAUAAUCACCCCAGUGCUUAUCGAUGUACUACAUUUAUUACUGCGGCGUAAUAUGAUAGCUUACUACGUAUAUUACUAACGACUAACCGCAUGAAAAUGAUUUAGAUUACUAAGUAUCAUUAUUUGUCAAGGAAUUUACUGAUAAUUAAAAACGAAAAUAAACUUUUAUAAAUAGUAAGCAACAAACAUUUGACAUAUAGAUAAGGGCAAACAAUACGUUGUUAAACAUAUGCUAAUUUAUCUUUGUGAAAACGAAAUCAAUAAUAAAUGUUAAUGUUUUCUUUAUUUUUAAA